AUGGACACAAAGGUGCUUUCUUCCGGAAUCCAGUACUCAACACUGCCGGAGAGUUACAUCCGACCGGAAUCGGAGCGACCUCGUCUCUCCGAAGUGUGGGAGUGCGAGGAUGUUCCAAUAAUCGAUUUGGGUUCCGAAAACAGAGCCCAGGUUGUGCAUAAAAUCGGUGAAGCGUGCAGGUUAUACGGGUUUUUCCAGGUGAUUAAUCACGGGGUGGCGGUAGAAGCGGUGAGGGAAAUGACAGAGGUGGCACAUGGUUUCUUCAAGUUGCCAGUGGAGGAGAAACUGAAGGUGUACUCCGAAGACCCUUCUAAGACAAUGAGAUUAUCCACAAGUUUCAAUGUGAGAAAAGAGACAGUGCAUAAUUGGAGAGAUUAUCUUAGACUUCACUGCCAUCCAUUAGACAAAUAUGUUCCUGAAUGGCCCUCUAAUCCUCCCUCUUUCAAGGAAAAUACGAGAAAAUACUGCGAAGAGGUUAGGGAAUUGGGGUUGAGAAUAGAGGGAUACAUUUCAGAGAGUUUGGGGUUAGAGAAAGAUUACAUAAAGAAUGUGUUGGGUGAACAAGGGCAACACAUGGCAGUGAACUACUAUCCAGCGUGCCCACAACCAGAACUCACCUAUGGCUUGCCAGGCCACACUGACCCAAAUGCACUCACGAUUCUGCUCCAAGAUCUCAACGUUGCUGGCCUUCAAGUUCUCAAAGAUGGAAACUGGCUCUCUGUUAAACCCCAACCUCAUGCCUUUGUCAUUAACAUAGGCGAUCAACUCCAGGCUUUGAGUAAUGGGCUUUAUAAGAGUGUAUGGCACCGUGCUGUUGUCAAUGUUGACAAGCCCAGGCUUUCCGUGGCUUCAUUUCUGUGUCCAAGCGAAGAGGCAUUAAUAAGCCCUGCGAAACCACUCACUGAAGAUGGAUCUGGACCCGUAUACAGAGGAUAUACGUAUGCUGAAUAUUAUAAGCAGUUUUGGAGCAGGAACUUGGACCAAGAACACUGUUUGGAACUUUUCAAGAACAAGUAA